AUGAAUUCAUCACCAAAAGUCUGUUCUAUAUCAAAUUUUAUUGUAAAAAAUUUUCACAAUUUACGUAGGAUACCAAAAUUAACAUCAAUGCCUUUAAUUGUUGGUAUAAGUGGACCUCAAGGAUGCGGAAAAACGACAUUAGUUAGUCAGAUUGUACAGCAUUUAAAAAAUUCCAAUAAUCUAUCGGUAGUUGGUUGUUCGAUUGACGAUUUCUACUUAACAUUUAAAGAACAAUGUCAACUCGCACUUUCAAAUCCUGGUAACAAACUUUUGGAAUUUAGAGGAGAACCUGGGACUCAUGAUAUCGCAUUAGGAAAGGAGGUUUUAAGCAGAUUAUGUAAAGUGCAUGAAAUUUAUUUUCAAAAAAAAGGAUUACUUAAUAAUCUUAAAGAUGGAGAUGCUAAUCAUCUCAACGAAAGUAAUGAUGCUGAUGUUGAUGAUGUACUAAUACCAUUUUAUGAUAAAUCCUUGAAUAAUGGUCGGGGAGACCGUGCAGAAGUUGAUAAAUGGAUUAAAGUAUCUCCACCAUUUGAAAUUAUUCUUUUCGAGGGAUGGUCACUUGGAUUUAAAAAUUUAUCUAAAUCUCAACUUGAAAAAAUUUAUUUUUCAUCAAAAUCGUUUACAACUGAACAUAAUUACUCUGCUUUGAAACUUAUAUCUCACUCCCUUUCUCAUCUGUCAUCUAUAAAUGGAAAUUUGCAAAUUUAUGAGAAGGAAUGGUAUAAGUUUCUUGAUAUAUUUGUUCAUAUUGAUGCACAAGAUAUUAAUUACGUAUAUCAAUGGAGAUUAGAACAAGAAAGAAAUAUGAGAAAUUUAGGAAAAGGAGGGAUGACGGAUGAGCAGGUUAUAGAUUUUAUUGAUAGAUAUAUGCCAGCUUACGAACUUUAUUUACCAAAGUUGAGAAAUCAAAAUUUCUUUUGCGAAAAUGAGGAUGAAGUUGAAUGUAAAGAUCAUGAGCAACAUUAUAGAAGACAUUUAAAAGUUGUUUUGGAUAAUAAAAGAGAAUUAAUAAAUGUGAUUUUAAUGUAG